AUGACGAGAGAGACGGUGGGUAUCGUUCAAGGGCGAUGGUCUAUUCUGCUGGUCUUGACGCUCAUGGCCACCAUCCCAACGAGUCAUGCUUUUGGCUCUUUCGAACUGCUUCCGCGAAGCUCAGACUCCUGCCCGACCUCAUACAACUCCUGUGGAGGAAAUCUACCGAAAGACUUCUGCUGCUCGUCGUCUUCAACCUGCAUCAGUCUAGACGAUGCCACUUCCGCCAUCUGCUGCCCAUCCGGAGCAAGCUGUGACUACAUCUCCCCCAUCGUCUGUGACGUUCAACAACAAAACACAGCAAUCUACCCAAAGAACUCUGUCAAGACGAGCCGGCUUAAAGAUAGUCUUCCCACGUGUGGAGAUGCUUGCUGCCCAUUUGGCUACACCUGCCAAGGGAAUAGCAUCUGUGCUCUGGACAAAGCGACCUCGAGCACUGGCACAUCCACAUCCACAUCCACCAUGACCUCGAGCACCCCAACCAGCACCUUAUCAACAGCUGAAACAGCCAUUGCUGGUGCGGCAUUCACACCCGUCCCCUCAUCUUCCGUCUCCGCCUCCAACGAACAUGCCGACAGCGGAACCCUUGCCUCCUCAUGCCCAUCCUUCCCAAGCAAAGCAGUAGCGGCAGGCUUUUUCCCAGGCGCAAUUUUCGGCGCCGUCCUCGCCCUCAUCAUAUUCACUUGCCUUCGUCGCCGCGCCAAAAACAAGGAACAGCAGGAGGUCCCCUGGGAACCCAAGCUAAAAGCCUGGUCCCAACGGUCCUCAACCGGCGGAGUCGUAGGAAUCUCCCGUCCAAUCCUUUCAGAGGAUUACGGUCGUUCUGAUUUCCUCCUCCAUCCCUCACCUGCAAGACGCAGUUACCUCAGUUCACGAUCGACGAAAUCAAGACUCCACCGGACAGGAAGUCGAGUACGAAGUCUUUUCCACAAUGGAACGCCACGACUAAAUAAAGAUAUUCCACCAGUUCCCCCUUGUCCUGUCACUCCACCCAGGCAGCGUCAGUCUAGUACCGAGAGUAUCAAAAUUUAUUCGCCGCCGGGUGCAUUUGCACAGUCGCGCAAGUUUCUAGGGCCGGAGCCCUAUCCGCUUACCCUUGCACGGCCAGAUACCACGUUUACCGAUUUGAUGCAGGUGGUUGGGUUCAAUGAUCCUAAAGGAAAGCCGUCUUACAAGGUGACCGUUGAGGAAGAGAAAGAAGAUAAUGGAAAACUUCAGGGUAAAAGAGGUUAA